GAAAUUACAAGCAUAAUAGUAUUUUCGAGUUGCGUUUAUACUUGUUGAAGUAGGCCAGUCAGAAAAUUGGGCUUGGCCUGAGAGAGAAAGCUAGUUCACUGCCUACGAUUCAUGGAAGACGCGUACACGAUCAGCGCCUUCUUGUCGUUACAAAAUGUAUCUUCGUGAUUGAUGUCGUCUCUGAAAUAAAAUAUAAGAGCUAACGUACAAGUUUAUUAUCUUUUUAUACUUUCUUAUACACAUCUUGCCACUGUACGGAGCGCGCCAUACUACAUGUACUAUUUUGUAUUAGUAUAUUGGAAUAUGAGAAUUGUAACAUACAUAUGAUCGAAGAGAGAAAGAGAGAUAUUGAGAUAGUUUUAUGGAAUAUUCUUCGCAAUGGAGUCCGAAGUGCAUCAGGAGAAAUCACUUCCUUCACAAGGAUUAAAACAAGUAAAAGUUGACAAUUGGGGAAUAUUUUUCCUUCAACGACUCCAGCAAUUAUACGCAGAAGAACAACUUCUUGAUCUAAAAAUUAAAUUUCCUACAAGUAAUAUUAUUGUACAGGCUCAUCGGCUUGUAUUGACAACAUGUACAGAUUACUUUAUGCAACUGGAACAGCAGCAAAAAGGAAAUGAAGACUUUGAUGGUAUAAUUACUAUGCCUUCAGAUAUGCCUUAUGAAUGUGUUAAGUCUAUUAUUAGUUUUAUGUACACUGGACAAUUGGAGUAUUGGACAUUGGAACAACAGUCUUUGUAUCGUACUGCACAAAAGAUGAAUAUGGCAGUACUGACAAAAUUACUUGACGCUCAAUUUAAUACCAGCAGUUCACACACCGAUGCAGCUAAACCUCCUGUACAACCAGCUGUAGCUGUAUCAAAACCUUCAAUUUCAGCUCCAAAACCACUUACCAGUUCCAUUAGUUCAACAUCUACAUUACCUGAACAGCCGUUACCAGGUAAAAAGCUUCCCAUUUGGAAAAGAAAGCUGGAUGAUGCCCCAUCGGUAAAUUACGAAGCAAAAUCAUUUGGUACAUUAAUACAUAAGCCAGAGGAGAUAACUCCUGGUCCAUCCAGAUUUGACCUUCCAGAAGCAGAUGAUAUUGCUCUAGGAAUAUUUUCCUCUUUUGACGAUAUUACAUAUGAUACAAAACCUAUUGUUCAAGCAUCUGACAAAUAUAAGAAAGAGAAUUCCUCUGGUAAACGCUCGUUAGAAGAUGAUAAUAAAAAUGAUACAACUGAGGACGAGGAGGAGGAAGGUCAAGGAAAUGAGAAGAGUCUAAGAGAUACAAAUUCGGACGAUGAUUGGAGUAUAUCAAAGAAUUUCCAUAGAUCUCAAGAUGAUCAACCCAAGAGAGUGCGUUUUGAUUUGGAGGAGAAGGAAAAUGUAGAAAAAUCCAAGUCCAAUCAGCAGCAAAGCACUGAAGAUUCGAUCAGCAAUCAUGCAAAGAUUAUAAAAGAAGUAUUGAAGAAAUAUCCUCAUUUAGUAAAGAACAAGAAUAAUAUUCGUUUGAAAAUCAUGCAGAAAGAAGCAAAGUCGUCUGACAGUAACGGCAAAACAAAAGUAUCCUACGUAGUUCUGAAAUCUGAUCAUUUGUUAUCCAGUAAUAACGACGAUAACGAUUCAAAGUGUAACGGUAAUAUCGAUGGCGAGAAAGGUCCUUGGAAGUGUAACAAGUGUGACUUGGACGAGGAAUACACAAAUUAUUAUAUGUACAGGAGGCAUAUGCAAGAUGUGCACGAAGAAAAAUUUGAUCCGAGGGUCUGCGAGCAUUGUGGCUAUAAGGCGAGCAAACGUAAUCUUCUGAUGUAUCAUCUUUAUACUAAGCACAAUGUGCCACCACCUAAGAGUAUGCAUUUCCCGAAGUGCCAUGCCUGCUCUUAUGUUGCUUUGUCAGAGAAUCUGCUCGUACGUCACCAGAUAAAUUACAAGCAUCGGCCAGCUUCCCGACAACACCCGUUCCCUUCUGAGGAAAUUCAGUGCAGUCAGUGUAAUGAGUCAUUCAGAAGCAUUACUGAGCUCACCACUCACGAAUUGAACACCGGGCACGGAAAUGCGACAGAUGGCAAGGAAACGAAAGGUCAUCGUUGCUCGUAUUGCGGUAAACAUUUCGUACGUUUAACAAAUUUGCAGAUACAUUUGGAUUGCGUGCAUAAAGAGCUGCAGAGAGAUGCUGCUGUAGAGUCUGCGUCACCUGUACCAUCUAUUCCGUUGGAACCGUCAUCGGAAGCAGAAGCUUUAAGUCACGUUGUCAGUGGAAUAGCUGCUUCACUUGGCGUUGAAGUUGAAGAAAGUGCUUCGGAAACACAGGAUAGAAUAACGACAGUAAAAUCUACGGAUAAUCAAUACGUCGUGCCGGAUAUGGAAAUAGAAAUGAUGGAUAAUACAUGCAGUUACAGCGAAGUGGAAGGUCAGCAUAUGAUAAUGUUAGUUGAUACCGAUGGCAAAUAUCGUCAAACUGAAAACGAGCAUCAUCAGCAACCACAACAGCUGGAUAUUGCUGAUAACGAGCAGAUAGUUAUGCAAGGCACAGACGAUGGAAUGAUUGUGUACAUACACGGCGCUGAACAGACCGAUCAUCGAUCUUACGAGAAUUAUCAGUCCACCCAGGUCACACAAGAAGCAGAAGAAGUAGUGGAAGAAGUGGUCGAAGAAGUUGAAGAAGAGCUUAUAGAGGAGGAGGAAGAGGAAGAGGUGGUACAGAAAGUACCACAGAACACAGUGAUUGACGAUAGUGCUGAUAAUCAAGUACAGGAAGUGAUACAGUACGUUGAGGAACAAACAGAGAUAGUAGAAUAUGAUGAGGAACAAUGCAUUGAUCAUAGUAUAGAUGAGAAUCAAGAAUCUGUUAUGAUCAUUGAAGAAGAACACGUCGAAGACGUAGAAGAAACGGAUAAUUAGUACAAUGCAGAGCUUUGCAUUUUAUUGAUAUGAAGAUUGUGUACGCAAAUAAUUACUACUGUAACGCAAAUGUCUCAUUUCUUUAACAUAUGUUAGAUAUUAUCUUUUAAUAUAUCUAUGAUGGAGAAUUCCUAAAAUUUUAACUUGGGUGUAUGUCUUUUAUUCUAAAUUAAGAUUAAUACAAAAAGAAAAACUAUGGAAAGAAAGAGAGAAAACUACAAAAGUCAUAAUAAAUAUCAGUUCAGGUGUGUAAAGAAAAUAAUCCAAAAGAAUAGAAGAAUGUUUAAUUACAUAUAGGCGAAUGUUUUAAUUAAUCGAUUAUUGAUAAAUCAAAUAAUUAAAUUAUAUCAUGCGCAAAUGUUACUUUUACACAGCGAAGCAACUGAUAAAUUAAAACACUCGUCUUAAAUACACACACACACAUUUCUCAUUUGAUUAACAUCUUUAUCAAUUUUUAUUAUAAUUUUUUUACUACUGUAAUAUUUAUUGGUAGCAAAAAUGACGAGUGCAAUGGUAUUAUCUCGACAACGCUACAUGAUUUAAUAGAUAGAUGCGCGUAUAUAAACACAAAACAAUCAUAUUAUUACAUAUAUUUACUAAGAUAAGAGCAAAAUAAUGAUAUAAAUUUUGUAAGCUUGUAAAUGUGAGUUUUAUUGUUAUUUGCAUUAAUCUAUGUAUUUGUGAGAUUAUUUUCUGGAUUCUUUUGUUAAUGCAAGUUUCAGCGUAAUGUGUAAAAUACACAAUAUAUUUUGCAAAACAUAUAUAUGAUAUGCAAGUUUUUCUGUAUUUACUAUAUUAUAUAAUGCCAAAGUACUUUGGUGACCAACUCAUGUAAUUUAAUAUACUGUUUUGCGAAACAAAGA